AUGAAGGACCAUGCGCUAGUGGACACAGCGGCAGGGCAAAGGUUGACCGGCAGAGAAGAUCUAGACAUCCUCAUCGAUUCCUUUGCCAAGAAGGGGUGUCAUGUGCACUUCGAGCUCGGGGGAGACUUCGAGGUCUCCGAUCAGAUGCGAGAGUCGCUGCCAAGCUCAUGCUUCCCGGUCGCCAAGGACGCCCGGGGCGACCGGGCCGGCGGCGGGGCAAUGGGCGCAACUCUCAGCGGUCCGGGGCUCUCUCGGCUCAAACCUCGAUUCGAGCCCCCUUCAAAGUCGACUCAGAUCGAGCAGGUGUCGCGAGAGCAUGAUGCGAGCCUCAGGUCGGACGAGAUUCUCGACCCAAAGGGGAAGAGCGAGUAUGCGUUGCAGCAAGUGGACGAGAACGCGGGCAACAGCCCCCAUCCUCCCUGGAUGCAGCUGUCGGGGGCCAACGUGCGCGCGACCUACACGUUCUGCCGGCUCUGCAACGUCAGGACCGCCUGCUGCGAGAAGACCGAGGAGGAGAAAGCCGGAGAGGCCACCCGUCGGAUGGCGAAGACCAAGUCGGCACAGAUGCGCGAGGAGGUCAAGCAGAUGGUGGCGCAUCAGGUCAAGCAGCACGAGAAGGACAUGGUGCAAGGGGGGUCGCGGGCGCCUCGUCCCAUAAUGCAGUCGCCGCCGCCGAAUCACGGGCUCGACCCCAUCUCGGAGCUGUCGACCCAGGCGCCGGCGCACUUGCGCGGGCGCCCGAAGGGCGGCUGCGUUCCCAUCAAGGCGGCGCCCACGAUCUACCAGCGCGGCCACAUCCAUGGAGCUUCCCCGCUGGUGACGGCCCCCUCCGACAUGACGGGCGCGGCUCUGCCGCAGCGCUGGAUGAACGAGCGCGAGUUCCAGAUCAUGAGCGAGAUGAUCAACCGCCCUGCUAUGAGCGACGACGACAGGGGGCGCCCGGCCUCCACCAUGGUCAAGCUGGCCUCCACCAUGGUCAAGGUGAUGCAGCGGGCAGGCGGGGCCGCCGCCGAGGUGGGGGCGAGGGGCGAGUCUGGGGUUGGCGAGCUCGAGUGCCACUACAUCAUCGAGGACCGCUUCGCGGCCGCAGCCUUAGGCCGUCGCGUCUCCCGCGCCAUCGACCUCCUCGCCAGCGCGGAUGUUACGGCGCCCACGGGCCAGAGGGACCUUUGGGAAACCAUAGAGAGGGACUCCUUCCAUUCCAUACUCCUGCCUCCGGAGCGCAAGGUCCUUCCCAAGAACCCCCAGGGGGCCGAGGUCGUCUGGAAGAGCCUCACUUCCGAGGAACGCGCGCAGUUCGAGGAGUCUGAUCGCGCGGAGCGGGAGGUCAAGGAGAAGUAUGUUCGCGAGCAGCUGUCCACGGUGCAUUUAGAUAAGGAGCGCCGCUCUACGCCGGACUUCCUGCUCACGCGAGCCGGGGUCGCAUCCCAUCGCGCUGCAGUUGCUCAGGUGCAGUGGCUGGCCCGCGAGUCGAGGAGACGGCCCCUCGUAGAUACCAUCACCGGGCGUCUGAGAUACUGGGAAGUGCCUUGCGAGUACGUCGCUGCGGAUCAGGAGUGCCCCUGCGGCGACAUGUGCCCGUUCGCUCACACGCAGGAGGAAGUCAGCUACCACGCAGCAGCGUACAAAACGAAGCUCUGCGACGACCCAGGCUGCCGCGCUGAGGAUGCCUGCUGCCUCGCCCACGGCGAGAGCGAGCUGCGCACCACGGCGGAGGAGCGCUACUCCUUCUGGAGCGUGUUCGGGUGCGGCCCGUGCGGCGUGCAG